AUUUAGGUACCAGCAGCAGCAGAAGCUGAAGUCAGUUCAUCUCUGAGAGCAGAGAAUGUGUGUGCGUCUGGAGGGAGAUUGCAACCAAGUCAACAAAAGCAUUAACCACGUCCCAGGCACCCAGAGAGAGAGAGACUAGACUAGGACCAGAACAACAAGAGCACAGGCAGCAGAACAAGGAUCAGACAGCAACAACCAACAAGACACAAGAGAGAAGCAGCCAGCUGAGUUACAGCUCCUUUAUUUAAAAACAGACAGCUUUCUCUUGGAGAAAACCCACAACAGAAAGGCUGUACUACUGGUACAAUGACAGGCAAAAACUGAAGAGCAUUUGACGGAGUUGUAUUCCUUCUCAGGUUUUUUUCCCCCUAGCUGAGCAUUACAUACAGUGAAAAGCAUGCCUGAGCAAAGCAAUGAUUACAGGGUGGUGGUGUUUGGAGCUGGAGGAGUUGGCAAAAGUUCCUUGGUCUUGAGGUUCGUGAAAGGCACUUUCAAAGAGAGCUACAUUCCUACCAUUGAAGACACCUACAGGCAGGUGAUCAGCUGUGAUAAGAGCAUAUGUACUUUGCAGAUUACCGACACUACAGGGAGCCAUCAGUUUCCAGCCAUGCAGCGUCUGUCUAUUUCCAAAGGACAUGCUUUCAUUUUGGUUUUUUCAAUCACCAGCCGACAGUCCUUGGAGGAACUCAAACCCAUCUAUGAACAAAUCUGUCAGAUUAAAGGGGAUGUGGAAAGCAUUCCAAUUAUGCUAGUGGGGAAUAAAAGUGAUGAAAACCAAAACCGAGAGGUGGAGAGCAGUGACGGAGAAGCCAUGGCCAAGAAGUGGAAGUGUGCCUUUAUGGAGACUUCUGCCAAGUUGAACCAUAAUGUGAAAGAGCUAUUCCAAGAGCUGCUAAACCUAGAGAAACGCAGGACUGUAAGUUUACAAAUUGAUGGUAAAAAAAGCAAACAGCAGAAAAGGAAAGAGAAGCUGAAAGGCAAAUGUGUGGUCAUGUGAAAAUUGCACUGUUAUGAAGCAACCAUGUAGUCUCAUAGAACACAACGUGAAAGCUAUAGACAAUGAGGAACCAUGUGAAACCCUAUUUAUUAGUAGCUGUUAUGAAAGAAAUACAAUAGAUUUUUUUUAAAAGAGGAGUUUGUUGUUUGCUAUGAAAAAAACCUCCCAAAAACUCAAAUCAUAGUUAGAAAAUAAAACCAAGAAUGAAAAAAAUAGGAAAGGAUUUCUAAUUUUAAAGCAAAUAGAAGAAAACAAAUUAAUACCUUAUUAACAAUAUCCUUCACUAUGGAAGGAUUGGAUGCCAAUUACUUAUGCUGUUUGCAUAUAACUGUAAUGGAAGGUGAUGUAUCUACAUAAUGCAGAUUUAGAAGAGAAAGAAAUGCCAGUGAAGAAAUCUAGAAUGUAUAAAUGCAUGUUGGAUAACUUAUCAUAGCCUUCAAGGACACUGGAGAUAACACAAAUAUUUUUCCGUACAAGUCUUCGUGCUGACUAUUCAGGGUUGGAGGGUGUGGAGAAGAAGAUAACCCUGGAGCUACCAAUUUAUGAACUAUUGUACAUUUGGGGGAAAUAAAGGGGUUAUGCAGCUAAAUGUGAUAUUGAUUCUCUCCUCUUACCAUAUUAUGUCCCUCCUUAGUAUUAUGCUGAUGAGCAGUGUUUGAACUGAAGGGUGGGGAGGGAGGAAAAUCUCCUCGGGUCAGCUGGAGAUCCUCCUCUCUGGGCCCAGCUAAACCAUCAUUUCCAGGGAUGGCUUGUACCUCUGGCCCCAAGAUAUUUCCAAAGAGCAAAUACUUGCCUUUGGAGCAUGACAGUUUAUAUCAUACGGUGUGCAGAUACAGAAACAUUUUCCCCCAGGGAGACAUACUCUGGACUCCCUCUACAAAGGCCUCUGUAGAAAUUAUUCAGUUCAAACAUUGCUGAUAAGAGCACAAUAUGACUGGUAAAUGAACAGAUUGUCUAUGAAGUUGCAGGCAGGUGUGUGAGAGACGGAGGAGAAUGAUUUUGCUCAUAUUUCCAGAUUUGCCAAAUCAAACUUCUGUAUAAUUACUGCAUCUGAAUUAGAAUUUUGCCUGCAUCUUAUGAUAAACAUACAGUAAACAAUUAGAUUUAUUGCCUUUAAAUUGGCAAAAGGGGGUAUAUUUAUUAUAUAAAUUUGUGGUCUGAACAACUGAGACUAUUCAGGGAACCAUAUCUGGCAGUUUUUACUUAGAGAAAACUUUUAUUGGCCCCGUCUCUAGUGGAAUUAAUAGAAGACUUGCCUAAGUAAAGACGACAGGAUUUGGCACAUUAACAGUUCAGUCAAAAAGUGAGUUACAAUGCAAUACUAGGUUCACAAUAGAGAAAACAGCUUAAGACCUUAUUUAUUUAUUUAUUUAUACAAGAGAAACUGCUUUUUUGCAGUCCAAGAUGGAGAAAAAGUGUAUUUAAUGUGAGUUAUUUUGAAAUCUCUCCGAAGUUUUUUUUUAAUACACAACAUGAAUGAUUUGCUCUAUAUCCUACCAAUUAACAGCAAAACAAAGACAAAAAAAGCACAUUAACUUUUUUAAAGGAUAUGAAAUUGUAUAUUCUACAGUUUGCACCUUUCUGCUUUAAAACAAAAAGUGUUCACUAUAUUUUUCGCAAAUGUAUAUGUCAAAAGCAUAUUAUUGGAAAAUGCAGUCAGGUACUAGGAAAAUUAGCAUGCAUGUUACAUAAUAAAUGUCUUAUAAGAGCAGUUUAAAUGCAGUAUUCACUUUAGAAAUAAUUACCUUGUUGUUCUUAAAGUGAUUUAUUGUUUACCUUCCAACUUCCAAAUAGAAAUGCAACCGCUUACUGGAUAGCAUGGGUAGAAACGGAUUGUAGCAGGCUAGCUGCCAGCACUGCUUUUCUCAAAGAGAGAACUUAACUGUUGUAAUUCUCUCUAGGCAAAAUCUUGGCUCCACUAAAAUCAAUGGCAAAACUCUCACCGACUUCAGUGCGGCCAGGAUUUCACCCUCUGAUUUAAUUGCAACAGAUCUAGAGAAUUGUAACUCUGCUGCUAAUUCCAAGCUCUAGGAGCUACUGAGCCAGUUUUUCUUUUUAAUCCUUAAAAUAAUCACAUAUGACUGAAUAAGGAAAAGAAAUGAGAAAACUGGAGUGAGUAUAACAGGCUUAGACUCUUCCUUCACCUUUUCAUAUUAACAUUAAAAUGAAAUUCAGGUUUCUCUAGUCAAUUGACCAUCUUAAACAAUUCCUAAACAUAUAAAGGAUUCUGGGAUUGUUUUAUAUUGCUGAGUGGAUUCUCUCUCAGACAGGCUAUUGAAAAAAACAACAGUAUUUGAAGAACAGUGAUGUGAUGCAUUUAUCAGUGGUAUAUUUAGUGGAAAUUACAUAGAUGUUUACUAUGUUUGUAAGCCAAUAGUUUAAGUGGUUAAAGAUUCUCAUCUUCCUAAUUUUGGAGUUCAUUAACAAAAAUGGAAAAUAAAAGAAUGACUAUGUUUAAGAAAUAUUGUUGCAGCCAGCAACAAAUUAAAAAAUGGGCCAUAGACAGAGCUCAACUGUGUGGUAAUUGAACUCCAGUUGAUGCUAUUAGACAUUGUGAAUAUGUGUCAAAGGCACUAUUGUGUCUGAGAACAUUUUCUGGCAUGCUACAUUUAUAUGACAACUGUAUAGAAACAAACUAAAAAAUCACCUUAAAGACAAAGAGCCUUAUUACAAUAUUACUUACUUGCUUUUACUUUGAUGAAGUUAUUCAUCAAAGGAUAUGACCAUAUUAAUAUUAUUGGACCAAAUACCAUCCUUGACUUCAGUGGCGAACAGAGGGCUGGUCUACGCUAGGGGAGGGGAUCGAUCUAAGAUACAAAACUUCAGCUACGUGAAUAAUGUAGCUGAAGUCGAAGUAUCUUAGAUUGAAUUACCUACCAUCCUCAUGGCGCGGGAUUGACGUCCACAGCUCCCGCUGUCGACUCCGCUACCACCGCUCACUCUGGUGGAGUUCUGGAAUCGACAGGAGCGUGUUCGGGGAUCGAUAUAUCGCGUCUAGAUGAGACGCGAUAUAUCGAUCCCCGAGAAAUGGAUUGCUAACUGCCGAUACGGCGGGUAGUGAAGACGUAGCCAGAGAUUAGCAGUUCUGCAGUGAGAGUAGAAAUAAAACAAGUAAAACCUGUUUCUGUUAGGCUUAAGGAUCAUUUCCUUUGAUUCCCAGUUGAUUCCUCUCCAACAAUAUUAUAAGCCAUGAUUUAUUUCAUGCACUUGCAUGUAUUAAAGCAUAGUAUAGUAUAGAAGCAAUAUUAUUCAUGGACCACUGACUCUAAAAUAACAUAUUUUAUAAUCUUGCAUUGCCAUUACAGUUUAUACUAGAAUUUUCAUAUCUGUGAGUUGGUCAAAAAUAUUUGUUUUGCUAUUACUGAUACAGAUGUUCUUUUUCUUUAUAAAACAACCAAAAAAAUAAUAGGGGAAAUAAAGAGAAAAUAGCUUUGUUAUAUUUUCUGUUUUCCUUUGUAAUGUGAUUCCAAUAUACAGAAGCUCUCUGAAAAUGUACAUAAACAACAGAGCAUAUUGAAUGCAGUAUUGUAACUUUGUUGGUCCCGGGAUAUUAGAGAGAUAAGGUGGGUGAGUAAUAUCUUUGAUUGGACAAAUUUCUGUUGGUGAGAACGAUAAGCUUUCGAGCUUAUACAGAGCUCUUCUUCAGGUUUGGGAAAUAUAACCCAGCUAUAUACAAGGUGAAAAAGAUUAUUUAGCAUAAGUAGCAAAGAUACAUUUCAAGGGACCCCUUCAAGGUAAAAUGGCCCCUUAGCACUCCUCCAGUCUUAGGUAGGAAAGAAAAAAAGCUGUGGGAGUGGGGGCAGAAGGUUAAGUAGGUUAUAGAUUGUUGUAAUAAGCCAUGAAGGCAGUGUCUCUACUUAGUCUGUGAUUUUUGGUAUCUAGCAAAGUUAUAAAUUUAAACUCCCAGACUCAUCUUUUGAAGGAGUUGUGCAGAUUUCCUUUGAGGAUGAGACUGAGAGGUCAGAUAUACAGUGAUCGAUUUGUGAAAAGUGUUCACUCACAGUUGCUAUGGUGUUUUUGUCUUUUAUCAUUUUUCUAUGUGAGUUCAUUCUACAGCAUAGUGAUUGUCUUGUUUCACCCACAUAGUUGUUAUUGGGGCACUUAGUGCACUGGAUGAGGUACACCACAUAUUGUGAUAAAUAUUUGUAGGACCCAUGGAUCUUGAAAGGUGUGUUGUGGAGAGUGUUGAUCAUCGUAACAGUGGAUAGCUGUCUACAGGUUUUGCUUAGGUUCUAUUAGGUUCUGGUGCUGCUUUGAGUUGGUGUGUCCUGGUCUGUAGGGAGCUUGCUUCUGAUAAUGAGUUUGGAGAGGUUGCAGGGUUUUUUGAAGGCCAGAAGAGUGGGUUCAGGAAAGAUUUCUUUCAGGAUGUGAUCCCCAUUGACUAUGGGAUGUAACUGUCUGAUGAUACUUCAUAUGGAUUCCAGUGUGAGGUGGUAGGUGACAACUAGAGUUGUACAGUAGGAGGGGGUUUAUUGCUUAUUACAGCAAUCUAUAACCCAUUUUAACCCUCCUCCCUCCUUCCCAUAUGGCUGGAGAGAUUAAUGGGCCACUUCACCUUGAAUGGUCCCUUUAAAUGUGUGUUGUUUACUUAUGCUAAACAAUCUGUUCCAUCUUGUAUUUAGCUUUGUCACUUUGAGUACCUUUCCCAGACCUGAAAAAGAGCUCUGUGUAAUCUCAAAUACUUGUCUAUCACUCCAACAGAAGCUGGUCCAAUAAGACCCACCCUGAGCAUAUUCAAGACCUGUAAGACCUAAAGUGAAUUUCAGCACCGUGAAAACAUGAUAUGAACAAGUCAACUAUUCACAAAGCAUGAAUUUUAUAUAUGUAUGUGAGAUAUUAAGAUAUAUAGUUAUCAUCCAAAUGUAUUUAUUGCCAUUUCAUUGUCUAAUAUAUUUUAUUCAAAACUACCAAUAUAAAGUCAUUUGAACUACAAGUUUCUAUGUUUCCAGUGAUGUUCUGAAUAUAAGCCAGACAAAAUAAAGUUUUAAAUUACAAAUA